AUGAAGGCGACAGAGAUUGACAACGAUACCAGGGGGUGGAUCAUGAGUAUCGUGAGUGGAAUUGCUUGUAUCGUAGGCGCGUCCGCCAUUUGCAUCGACAUUUUGGUACGAUUGCUACCAGGGCAGCGCAACUUCAGGAUACAAGAAAGCAAUGUCUUUCUUGCCAGCUCUUUGAGCUUGAGCUUCGGCGUUAUGCUUUACUCUGCGUUAAACAGCAUGCUGCCGUCAUCAAAACAGUACCUUAAGGAGGAUGGUUACCAAGACCAAAAGGCGGGCUUCAUUAUGAUGGGCUGCUUUAUUGGGGGCUUUUUUGGUAUACAGGUUAUCUCCCGUCUGCUGCACCAGUACAUGCCGUCGCAUGUGGUUGAUUGUGACCACACACACAAUGAAGCCGAUACUCGGUCACGCAGCCAGAGCAGAAAGACGUCUUUAUACUCGGGCAGUCGCCGAUCAUCGCGACGGCCCUUUGUGGAGAGCAUCACUAAGAAUGGCCACGCUACCGAGUCCACGCCUCUGCUCAAUGGAGAGACGGCGCAUGAGAACGGAGGAUCCCUGAUGCCUAAGGGACAUGCUAGGAGCGCCCUGGCCCUCAACACAACACACUCGCACCCGCCGCGGAUAUCGCGAAGCCGCGGUGCGACGGUGGAAAGGCGACCGUCUAUGCUUCAAGUCAAACAGCGAAUCGCAUCUUUCAUGAAUGACAUGAAAUCGAACUGCGAUGAGGAGGGCCCUUGCUUUGGGUACUCCGAUCCAUGCGGCCAGGAAUGUUUCAAGCAUGUGGCCAACCGUUCAGCGGCUUCCUCGAGACACCCAACUAUUGUGAGGACCAGCAUUGCACAGCUGUACCCAAAUAACCACAGCCAUACCGAUCUGACAGACUUGGAGGAGAGCGACUCCCAGUGCCAUUCACCGAUCAGUGGACAGGUACGGACCAGUCGGGCGGCGUCAAGAGAGCCCAUGCCAUCACGGAAUCACGUGGACCACGAAGCGCACGAUCAUGAUCAUGGCCAUAGUCACAGCCACAACCACAGUCAUCAUCACGACCAUGACCACGCGGCGCACGGCGAGGACGGCGAGGAAGAGGAUGUCGAAGGACAACAUCAUCACCAUGUGCCCACGAACGCGUUCAUGUCACUCGGUCUGCAAACCUCCAUCGCCAUUGCACUUCAUAAGUUCCCUGAAGGCUUCAUCACCUACGCCACGAACCACGCUAACCCGUCACUCGGCUUCAACGUGUUUAUGGCUCUCUUCGUCCACAACAUCACCGAAGGUUUUGCCAUGGCUCUGCCAUUGUACAUGGCCCUUGGAAGUCGUCUCAAGGCCAUGUUCUGGGCCGCCAUCCUGGGCGGCCUCAGCCAGCCCCUUGGCGCUGGCAUUGCUGUGUUGUGGUUCAAGCUCGCUAAUCACACCCACAUCAGCCCAACCCCAGUAGCUUACGCCUGCAUGUUCGCCAUCACAGCUGGCAUCAUGGUCAGCGUCGGCCUGCAGCUCUUUGUCGAGGCGCUCAGCUUGAAUCACAACCGCAACCUCUGCAUAUUUUUCGGGUUCAUAGGCAUGGCUCUGCUGGGUAUCACUGGCGCCAUUGCAUCUACGCAUUAA